AUUUCGUGCCCCAUUCAUUCCUCCUUUCCUCCAACCUGUCCCCCAUUUCUCUCUCUCUAAAAAUUCACCCCGAUCUCUCCGCCACCGCCCCUUCCCGCACGCAACCUCCAACCCCUCCCACCUUCCUUUUCGCGAUCUACUCUCUCUCUAAAACAAAUCUUAUAUCUAUUCCUUCUCUCCCCUGGUUUGAUCUUGGCGACGCCUUGUACCUUUUGAGCGAUUGACCGAAACUGAUCGAUCGCUCAUACUCAUCCGCACAUCUGCAUCUGUUCUUCUUUCAAUUCGUGGUAUUCCGCUGUAUUUCGUGAUAUCGAGAGAGGAGAAGGAGAUGGCCGAGGAACAAAAGUGGCAGGAACCGGAAGGGUACAGGCUGUGCGCCAACAACUGCGGGUUCUUCGGGAGCCCGACGACUCUCCACCUCUGUUCCAAGUGCUACAAGGACCACUGUCUGAAGGAACAACAGGCCUCCACGGCCAAACUCGCCGUCGAGAAAUCCCUCGCUCCCGUCUCCUCUUCCACGGCCUCCUCCUCUUCCGAUCUCGCGGUUUCUCCGCAGAUCGAAGUUAAUUUCCCGACGGUGCCGGCGGCGGCGGCGGAGAAGGCGGUGGAGGUCGAGGCGAAGCGGGCGAACCGGUGCGCGACGUGCAGGCGGCGCGUGGGGCUGACGGGGUUCAACUGCAGGUGCGGGACGACGUUCUGCGGGACCCACAGGUACCCGGAGCAGCACGGGUGCACGUUCGAUUUCAAGGCGAUGGGGAAGGAGGAGAUCGCCCGGGCGAAUCCGGUGGUGAAGGCGGAGAAGCUGGACAAGAUAUGAUGGGAUGUGAUCUCGGCCGUUGAUGAUUUGCCGGUGGUAGUGAUUGGGAUUUGGUGUGGAUGAUGAUUGUGUGCGUGUGUGGGUGGGAUUGAUCGGAUCGGACGGUGGAAGAUGGGUUUUAUCGGUUGGGGGCAGUUUGGUAAAGUUGGGGGAUUGGUUGGUGGGAGUUUGCUUUCUUUUAGAACAUGUAAAAUUAAGGAAUAUAUUUUACGUCUACUUUCUUUGUGUUAUGCAAUAACAUUAGAAAUUAAUAUGAUGCAUCGAAUUUGAAUUU